AAUAUAAUUUUAAUUAAAGUGCAUAUCUGGUAUUGUUUAACUAUUGUGAACAAAUAUAUUUUACCGUAUAUUACACAUAUCUUAUACUGUAUACCUUAGAUUAGGAUAGACAUUGAAGUUAAGAAGAGGUCCGUCUGGUGUACGAAACGGCCAGUAUCAUGGCCAGAGUGACCCAAUACUCUAGGAAGACUGGAGCAGGACCCGCACACCGCCCCCUUCACGGCUCCAACGCAACAAUAUCACCAUGGAUACGGAAAAGACUAUAAUAAGCAAAAUGAAACCAGAAAAUGCUGCAGCAUAUAGUGAGCUACAAGCAGAAAUACAGGAGGAUCGAGAAAAUGAACUGGAAUGGAGCACUGCCAGAAAUUUCACAGAGGAUAUCCCACCAGAGAGGUGUUCAAUAGACUAGAAGAUAAGAUGGAAAGCAAGAAUCUGAGUCUGAGAAGAGUCCUUGAAUAUUUGGUUGAGCUUGGUCACCACGACGUCUUGAGAGUCGUAAACUGGCAAGAAGGCAUUGAAAAAUUCAAGAAUGACUACAAUAAUUCCAAAGGGCUCCAUAAGGUCUCUAAACCUUGUCGUUUGGAACACACGAAGUACGUUCCAGCAUCAUUCACGUUCUCAGUACACCAGGCACCUGAGGUUUUAGUAGGAGCUAGCAAUGAGGGUGUUACAGAAGAUCGAGAGCGCAACUGCCCUAGUGGGAGUCAUCCCUCGUCAAAAGCUUCACGCUCAGUGCUUGAUGCCAGAGUCUUGAUGGUAUUUGCUCAGGAUGCUAGAAUGCAAGCCCUGAAAGUUGCUGAUCAGCUAAGGAACCCAACCUUGCCAAGAGGAAGAGUUGGAGUGCUUCUCUUGAGCGAGUCCACGAUGGAUACAGUUGCCUCUCAAUUGAGGAUUGAUCCUGGCAAUAGUAUCCAUAAGUGGUUUAAACAGGUUGAUUUUGUGGUUCCUGUGCUGUCACCACAGUUCUUGCGUCAGAUUCAAAACCAAGAUUGGGAUAGUAACUGUAUGGAUGAAAAACGCUACAAUCGCUUUGUGUACCGUCUGACAUUGGAUCAUUACGUAAAUAAAGGCAGCAGAAACUACAAGUGUCGUCCUCUCUGCCCUUCCGAGUACCACUCUGAGGUGAUGAAAAGUGAGCUAGUAGAGGGAAAUGGACUUUUGCAAAUGUUUUGGAAUUGCUCACAGGAAAACAAGGUUGAAGAGUUUGCCGAGAUUAUCAUAAACGAAGCUAAACUACAGAAGAAGAAAAAAACAAAGCACUGAUCUUUUGUGACAAGCUACUGAAAAAGGGAUGGUUAAUCAUACAUGGAAUCGGGGAAGAAAAUACCAGCCUCAAUACAAAAAACGAAUAAACUCUGAUUAAACAACAACUUCCCGAUUUUCACAAGAGGUAAGCAAUUACCCUUACCAGUUUCUACAAGACUCCUCUCAAACAAUGUAUUUUUUUUUAACAAGCUUAGGUAUACACAGCAAUGUGUUUCCGUAUUCUGUAUGGAGGACCACACAGUGUAGAUCAAAAACCAGCUACAAGCUCAUCCAACAUCCCCACCUCACAGGACGGCCAGUCAUACAUGGAAUCAUGAGAGAACAAGAAAUGUGAGGCUGAUUUAUUAACCUCCACUAGCAAAAUCUGGGUAGAGCACAAGAAUAUCCUUCAUAAUUCCUGAGUGUAUGACGUAAUUACAGUACUCAUAUAAUUUAAUUGGUACUCUAAUUAUAAAGUACCUCAUACCAUUUGGUCUGAAGUCACUGAUAACAGGACAGUCACAGAUAUAGCGUUGGAGAGUAUGUCCUCUUAAGUUGGACUGAAAAAGUAUUUUUUUUUUCACCAAGAGGAUUAUAAACCCAUGGAACCGGCUACCUGCUGAAGCCGUAAAUGCCAAAAUCCAGCUAGAAAAUAUCAUUAGGACAAUUGGCGGGACCUUUAACAAGCCGCCGGCUUUCUGUCCUCGUCUAGGCUACUAGAUAGUUGGUGGCCCUUGGGGUAAAUUUCGGUAAAUAUGUAUGUAAAUAAAUAUCAUAGCUUCUCAAAUCUUGGGAGCGACAAGGAAAGCCACACAAAAUCUCUUAGAAUUACGUUGGUAAACAAAAAGUAUAACAUAUUUGUUUACAACAAUGUCAGUGCUGACUGGAGAAGUUGAAAAAAAUAGUUUACAUCGAAAUAUGCUAAUUUUAUAAGAAAAUUCGACAUAAAUAGGUGGCAAGUGACAAUGGAUGAGCUCCGAUAUGUAGCCGUCGUGAUUGGCUACAGCUGUAAGAUGAAAAAUGUUACCUUCUCUCUGAGUGGCCAAAACUUAGGCAAUACUUAGGAACGUUCGUAGCAUACUUACGAAGAAAUGCAUAGAGCUUCGUGAAUCUAGGUCCUGGUCCGAAACGCUAUGCGUAUUGGUGGCUUUAGGUAUUAUAUGUACUAGCUCUUAUCUAUAAAUCCUGCAUUAUGUUUGUAACUUCAUCUAUGUAUGUACUUAUCCUGAAUAAAAAAAUAAUAAUUUAAUUUUGAUGCUACAUGAUGAUUUAUACUAUUUUUACAGUAUUUUAAUACUACAUGAUGAUUUAUACAACAUAAUUAGUUAAAUUAGGGAAUAAACCACAAUAACAAAUUUGGUGCAUGAUUUAUUAAAAAAAAACUUUGUGUCAAA